AUGAACCGAAGGGUUAGAACAACCAUCCCUCAACACCACCACAACUUCCACAAGUACCUAAAACCGGGUGCCCUAGCUCGAAUCCACGAUUCGCGCAUCAUCAGCGCCAUAUCUCACCGGAUCGGCUCCAUCUGCCAGAUCCCUCUCCGUCGCACUUCUCCUUCCUCCACGUUGCAUGCGCUGCAGGACACCGCCGCCGCUCAGCCUCAGGCCAACGCUGCCGCUUCCUUUGACUGUUUUCCGUUCUUCGUUGCCAGGAUCUACGGACCUCGCUGUCCGCAGCGGAAGAAGCUCAUGGCCGCCAAGUCCGUUAUGUUCGUUCCCGUCAGUCCCGCCGCGGACUCUCCCGAUCUGGUCAUUGACUUCUUCGGCAGUGACUUCAUAGUGGCCAAUUGA